CUGAUUGAUUGACAUGUGCUGAAGUUCCUCCCAUUUCCAAUUCCGCUCCUGUAAUCUAAGGUAUAUAGUCAUCCUCCUACACUCUUAUCUCUCAUACUUUCCGACCACUCUCAAGCACCUACCUUUAUCUACCCCCAUCCUAAGUAGCUUCUUACUUUGUGACCUCUCUCGGUGGAUAUAUUCUCACAUUCACGAUUCCACAGUUCACUUCUUAAAGACUCUAUGCCUCACGCAGAGAACGGAACAAUGGGUGAGCCCUCUGUCAACGGCGAGAAGGUCCAUUCUCACUUCCUCGAUCAUCUUACCUCGUACCCUGUCGUUUCAGAUUCGAUCACCGUCUUGAAAAGCAACAAAUAUGCUGCCAAGUCCUUGGAGUAUGCCGACCAAGGCUACGUCCGCAUAGCCAAACCAUUACUGCCCUACCUGUCGAAGCCCUACGGCUACGUCGCGCCCUAUGUCGCUCAGGUAGAUAACCUCGGAGAUCAAGGGUUGACGAAGCUCGACACGUCAUUCCCCAUCAUCAAGGAGGACACAGAUAAGAUAAAAGGAACGAUCUACGAUACAGCCUUCUUCCCCGUGCGUCUGGCUGGUGGCGUGAAGAGCCAUGUCUUCGAGACUUUUGGAUCCGAAUACAAGAAGUGCGGCGGUGACGGAAUGGUUGCAGGCGGCAAGGCUGCCAUCAGCACCAGUCUGAUCCUAUCUCAAGAAUCGUUGGCCUAUAUCAGCUCGUUCCUUCAAAAGAAGAAAACUCAGGCCAAAGAGGCCGUCAAUGAGAAAACCAACUAAGCGACAUGUAGUGAUACAGGGUCACUCUUACUUCUGCUUCCUUUUUUUUUUUUUUCUCCUGAGCGUGGUCUACUUUCGCUUACAUUUGUUUCCUUUUCUGUCUGUGUGGGACAAAAUGCUUCUCUUUAAUUCAUUGUUCGUAUGUUACUCUGGUUCGCAUUUGGAUACACCUGGUGGGAUUGUUUGUAUCAGUCACGAUUAGAUAUUUAUAUAUUCUGAUGAACACCAUCAAAGCUCUGAAGCUAACCCGCGCCUGCUCGUACUGCACUGCUCAUGUUAUGGCUUACAGUUUUCAUCGUCAAUUCCCACAGAAGAAGGUCAAUGGAUAUAUACGUCAUUGUGGGAUGCAUCUACACUGAGAAUGGACAAAUGCAGUCAACGCAGCUGUAUUAGAACCAAGGCAGCAUACCAAUUGUUUAGUAUAGAGAUU